AUGUCUCGUCCAUCUCGCAGGCAGGUCCAGUCUUACCAGCCCCCAGCGCCCGCCACAUACUCCUCGGUGCCCCAGUCGAGCCCACCGAGAAGGAGCUCGCUGCAGCAGGGCCCAGGUUACCAUUACCAUUACCAGUCCCAAGUCGCUGGUCCAAGACCAGUUCAACAUGGUCGAGCCCAGUCAACGAGCAGUCAUGGUCAUUAUACAACGACAAGUCAGACGCAUUAUGCACCCAGCCAGGGUCACUACACGAGCAGUCACGGCCAUGGCAGGUCAAGAUCCAACGAGCGUCGGUCAUCCAGCAGGAAUGGUGUAACGAUGGGAGUUGCAACAGGCCAGAUUGGCUCGGCUUAUGGUCCUUAUUCUUAUCAUACAAAUCCUCCACCACGAAACGCUGGCGUAUAUCGCCAAGGACGCUUCAGCAAUACGCCCUCAGAGAACUCCCUCUCAACCGGGGACCAUACAUCACAACAGCCUCUGCACCAGCCGCAACCGGCUCCUCCUCAAGCACCGCUACCGCAGCGCACAACGACAGUCCCAGCUUUCAUGUGGGAUAAAGAACCAGACCUCGACGAUGCAUUACAUACUCCCGAUCCUAGAAGAGACAACAGCUGGACACCCUUCUCGUGGAGAGGCUGGGUGAAUGUCCUGGGCAUCCUCAUUCUCCUCUCUGGACUCUUGACGUUAUUCAUCGGUUUCCCCGUCAUCGACUAUGCUCAGAACCGAUACCGUGCAAUCCAUGGCUUCAGCGUUGGCGGCGUCAAUGGAUCAGGACAGAUACCAGAACUUCCGGGAAUGCCUCGGUUGAUUGACUAUGAUACCCCUCAAGAAGCCUACUCGAGAGUUGGAACAGAUGGACAGAGAUACGAGCUUGUCUUCAGCGACGAGUUCAACGUCGACGGGAGGACGUUCUAUCCUGGAGAUGACCCGUACUGGGAAGCUGUUGACUUGCAUUACUGGCCUACAAACAACUUGGAGUGGUAUGAUCCCGGUCAUGUUACAACCGAGGAUGGCAAAUUGGUCAUUACGUUCGAGCAAAGACUUUAUCGAGAUUUGAACUUCAUGAGUGGGAUGUUAUCAUCAUGGAACAAGCUUUGCUUCACGACAGGGUACAUUGAAGUCUCCGUCAGCUUGCCUGGAAAUGGUCAAGUUCCAGGCUUGUGGCCAGCCGUCUGGACACUGGGGAAUCUCGGACGCGCUGGUUACGGCGCAACCACUGAAGGCACGUGGCCAUACUCUUACGACGAGUGUGACCUGGGUACCUUCCCUGGGCAACAGUCACCCGACGGCGUGCCAUCCGACGAGAUCCUCACCUACAGCCGCACCGGGGCACGUCUUAGUGCAUUACCUGGACAAAAACUGUCGGCUUGCUCGUGCCCUGGCUCAGAUCAUCCUGGUCCUCGACCUGAUGUCGGACGGGCGGCACCUGAAGUCGACGUCAUUGAGGCAGAGUCGAAAGAAGGAAUUGGUCUUGUUUCCCAGAGUUUCCAAAUUGCACCUUACGAUUAUGAAUACUGGCCCAACAGGGAGGAAUACUCCACGAUCUACAACGAAACUAUCUCGCACGCUAAUUCCUACACGGGUGGAGAAUACCAACAAGCCAUCUCAACGGUUUCUGAAGUGACCCCUCGCAAUGGCCCCUACAAUGGCACAUCAUAUACAACCUUUGGCUACGAGCUUUGGUCCGACCCAAAGAAUCGAGACGACGGAUACAUCACUUGGUUUAGCGGAGGUGUUCCAACAUGGACGCUUAGGGCAGGUGCAAUUGGACCCAACAACCGAACGAGAGUCGGCCGUCGCAUAAUCCCGGAAGAACCCAUGUACAUCAUUUUCAACGUCGGCAUGGCUUUCAAUUUCGAGCGACCCAACUUCAAUGCCCUCGAGUUCCCCGCCAAGAUGCACAUCGACUAUGUGCGAGUGUAUCAGCGUGAGGGAGUCAAGCAUGGAGUGACUUGCGAUCCACCGAACUAUCCAACGGCUGACUAUAUUGAAAGGCACAUCAACGCGUACACCAACCCGAAUUUGACGACAUGGGAAGGAGCAGGCAAUACGUUCCCUCGCAAUAGGCUUUUGGAUGGCUGUUAA